AUGCCCUCCUCCUCCUCGUUCUCCCCCUCGUCCUGCUCCCCCUCAACACCAACCCCAUUAACCCCCCUCUCCAACCUCCGCAUCUCGCAGCACCUCAUCCCAGCCCACAACCUCCUCCCCAACUCGUCCCUCCACUCCAAGCCCCUCAUCAUCUACCACGCCGCCUUUCCCCCCGAACAAACUACCACCACAACCACCACCCCCUCCCCUUCCCCCUCCCCCGAUGCCAUCGAGUCCCAUCUCCGCUCCGUCGGCGUCGUCUCCCCCCAGUGGCGCUACACAAUGUACCACACCACCCACUUCCACAGCACCACCCACGAGGUUCUCUGCGUCGCCGCCGGCCGCGCAAAGCUCUGCUUCGGCGGCGAGCGCAAUCCCGGCCGCGUCGAGCCCGUCGUCAGCAAGGGCGACGUCAUCGUCGUGCCCGCGGGCGUCGCUCAUCGUCUGCUCGAGGACUUGGGCCCUGAACCCUUUCUCAUGGUUGGCAGCUAUCCCAACGGCAAGACCUGGGACAUGUGCUACGGGAAGAACGACAAUGAAUACGACGCCAACAGCAUCAAGGCCCUGCCGUGGUUCAGCAAGGACCCCAUAUACGGCGAUGGUGGGCCUGUCUUGAGCGUAUAA